GGCUUGGCGUCCUUUGUGUCUGGAAGUUUGAUUCUUACCUAGGUCUUUGGUGGUGGCUCUCCACGAACGGCUGAAUAACUGUACAAGAGUGAAGAGAGAAUUGAUUGUCUUGACCAAUUGCUGAUGCUCCUGUUACAAGGAUAUGAUUGAUCCAUUUGCUUUAUUGGAAGAGCAAAACGGUAAUAAAAACAAUGCAAGCCUCUUCCCUGGCCGUAUUACGGAUCCUCGUGCGUAGGUGUUAAUAUAAAUAGAUAAAUAAUAUCAUCCCGACGACAAGUUGGCAGUGGCAAUCAGAACCCAGAAAGGCAUUAUAUUUAAAUUCCAAGCUUACUGACCCAAUGGCCUCGUCCCCUUUCAUUUCCGUUCCCGGCGUGAUCAACUUCCGCGAAGUUGGCGGCUGUCCCAUCUCCACCCAGCCCGGCAAGGCGGUGCGGUGCGGACUGAUCUAUCGCAGCGCCGACCCGUCUAGAGCCACAGACGAGGGAGUGGCGGCGCUGGUAGGAUUCGGCAUCAAACGCGUGUACGACCUCCGUUCGCGGCACGAAUCUGCGGCCUUGCGUGGCUAUUCGCCCUCGGAGGCGGACUGGGAGGGCAUCGAGAGGGUAUCCGUGCCGGUCUUCCGCGACCAAGAUUACUCGCAAGAAGCCACCGUCCGGCGCAACACGAAUUUCAGUAGCGGCCCAGAGGGAUUCGCGAGAGCGUACCUCGAUAUCCUCGACGCCGCCUCGUCGGCUUCAAACGAGAGCCAACCGUUCGCCAAGAUCCUCUCCCACCUCGCGUCCGCGGCGCCGACGCCGCUACUCAUCCACUGCUCGGCAGGCAAGGAUCGCACCGGCGUCAUCUGCGCGCUGAUCCUGGCGCUGUGCGGCGUCGACGAUGACGCGGUGGCGGACGAGUACCACCUCACCGAGCUGGGAAUUCGCGAUCUGCGCGACACCAUCAUCCGGAGCCUUAUGACGGAGGAGCUGUUCGCUAACAACCCCGAAGGCGCAAAACGGAUGGUCGAGGCUCAGAAAGAAUCGAUGUUGGGUACUUUGAAGAUGAUACGCCGCAUCUACGGGUCCGUCGAACGGUGUGUCAUCGACCUAAAGCUACUCUCGGCAGAAGGCAUCGAGCAGCUGAAGCGCAAUUUAAUAAGGGAUGUUGACGAGGCGAGCGCGUAGGCCGCGACAAGUACACUAAUUACCAGCCCAGCCGACUGAAGACCCAGCAUAGGAAAUGCAUUACAAUUAGAAUGAGAAGUGGUAGUAACGGUCCGCCGAAUAAUAGACUAGACAAAUAUUUGUGGAAAAGGCACAAUUGAAUGAAGCUUGGUUGCCCCUAUAUUAAUACGGAACGACAGAGCGAGUCUUCAGCAGACCAGCGUAAUACCUAGCAUUUACCUACCUACAGCGAGCUAGAUGGAGUGUAAAACGUGCUUGAUUC